GUCCAGCUCUCGGGUUCCCUGCCACAGAUCAGAUGUGAAGGAUGGAUGUGAUGAAGAUGUUACAUCACUUGCAGUGCAGCCAGACGCCAGCAGCAGCUCGGAGGUAUCGCGGCGCACAAACCAAGCUGGCCAUAUUGUGCACCAGCUCUCCGCAAAUCGUCUGCGUCACACCUACAAAAACAUAAACCGGCUCUGGAGCAAUUAAGUCACCACAUCGGGAAAAAGACGCUGUUUUUAAAACGCUACUCAUCUGAGCUGGUUGAUUUUUCGUGCAGCGAAAAUGGUUAAACUGGGGAAUAAUUUCAGCGACAAAAACAACGGGAAGGUGGUUUCUGAAGAUGGGUUUGACACCAUCCCUCUCAUAACACCAUUAGAUGCCAGUCAGCUCCAGUUUCCUCCACCAGAUAAGGUGGUGGUGAAGACAAAGGCAGACUAUGACGGUGAUAGCAAGAAGGGGAAGCUUCGGUCUCCUAAAAUUGCAGAGUUUUCAAUAAGCAUCAUCGAAGGCGUAUCUGAGCGUCUCAAAGUGACCCUGCUGGUGAUCUGUGCCCUGGCCUUCCUGGUGUGUGUGGUGUUCCUGGUUGUCUACAAGGUCUACCAGUACGAGCAGCCCUGCCCUGACAGCUUUGUUUACACGCAAGGUCGCUGCAUGCCGGCUGGGCUGUAUGGAAACUACCCCCCUCAGGGCCCUGGGGGCCGCGGGCGCCUCUUUACGCUCAUCAACCACUACAACAUAGCCAAGCAGACCAUCACCCGGUCAGUAUCACCAUGGAUGACCAUCAUGUCUGAGGAAAAGGUCACUCAGCAGGAGACGGAGACUGCCCAGAAACUGGCUUAACCAAUCUGGUAUCGGGUGGUGGCCUCACCUGCUGCAGAAAUAAUAAUUAAAUAAUACGGUUGUGCCAUUUAAGCAAACCUCAGAGUCCCGUGGCUUUUGGGUGAAACAACUUCUCUUGCCUGAGGUGCUCUGCUGCUGUGUUGAUGUAGUUUGGUCAGCUGAUUUGUACUGUAGCAGAAAAAUCUGUUUUCAGCAAAGCAAGCCUUACCGCUGGGUGGAUUCACGGUUUGUUUGAAUCGCAUAUGUUGUUAUUUAUUUACACUUCAAAACAGAGUGGCAAACGUGUAGAAAGAGCCACUGGAAUACAGACACACACUCACUGUCCAUGUACAUACACAUAAGUAACAGAACCCACUUUAGUACUCACAUUGUGAAAUGACUGUGAACCAUCUUCUGUCUGCGUCGCUUGUUAUAUCGUAUAUGCACGCAAGACUCUAAACAAAAAAUCACUUUGGACCUCAUUCAUAUCAAAUACAUCAAGUACUGAUAGUGCAUGUCAGACCUCACCAGGUCUAGAAAGUGUUACAUUUUAAUGAAGCGGCAAAGUUUGCAGCAUUAUUUGCCACCAAGGUCAUCUGUGUCAAAUCUUUUACUGUCAUGUUAUUGUGAAUAAAUGAGCCCUGACUUGGAGAAAACCUUUUAACCAGCGAAAAAAUAAACUAUUUUAAUGAUGUUGUUUGGACGCAGCCCAUACUGCUCUCUGCAUAUAGUGCUGUUAAGGAGUUUUAAGUAUUUGAUGCAUCGUCUUUUUACCAGCAUUAAUGAUUGUCUCCAUUCAUUCGAACUGUUUGUGAACACCAUGUGCUUUACUUCUUUGCUGGCCACUUAAUGGUUACUUUUCAAAGCAUACAUUUUUUGCUACUGUAAUGAAUGUUUUUUGCAUUGCUAGUGAUGACACUGUAUUGUGCAUUGAUUAAUGUCACCAUAGACGGCUGUUGGUAGCCGUCACAGAUACUAGACUUAGGUUGAUGUAGUGGAACCAUCUGGCAGUAGUCGCUUGUCCUGUUGCUUUCUUCUGUUGCUUUCUUCUGUAUUUGUCAUUUAACUUAAGCCGUCACUAAUUAUGUACCUUUUUCAAACAAUGUAAUGAAUACCAUUGAAGUGCAUUUGCUACAUAAAAAUGUUAAAUGAAAAUGAAAUAAAGUGCCCACAUUUCACACCAA